GCGGCGGCGGUGUGUCCGUGAGUGUAGCGUGGGGGGCGGCGGCGGCGGCGGCGGAGCGGCCCUAGCUGCGCCACACGAAGCCUGGGGGGCUGGGACCGGGACCGGCGCCGGGGCCGCGACCGCGCAGCGGGGUCGUGGCGUCGAGAAGGGGGAGGAGAAAGAGGAGGAGGAGGAGGGGGUCGCUAUGGCCGGGCAGCAGUUCCAGUACGAUGACAGCGGGAACACCUUCUUCUACUUCCUCACCUCCUUCGUCGGACUCAUCGUGAUCCCGGCCACUUACUAUCUGUGGCCUCGGGACCAGAACGCCGAACAAACUCGAUUAAAAAAUAUCAGAAAAGUAUAUGGAAGAUGUUUAUGGUAUCGUUUACGGUUAUUAAAACCCCAGCCAAAUGUAAUUCCCACAAUAAAGAAGAUAAUUCUGCUUGCAGGGUGGGCAUUGUUUUUAUUCCUUGCAUACAAAGUUUCCAAAACAGACAGAGAGUAUCAAGAAUACAACCCUUAUGAAGUCUUAAAUUUGGAUCCUGGUGCAACAGUAGCAGAAAUUAAGAAACAGUAUCGUUUGCUGUCACUUAAAUAUCAUCCAGAUAAAGGAGGAGAUGAAGUUAUGUUCAUGAGGAUAGCAAAGGCCUAUGCUGCUUUGACUGAUGAAGAAUCUCGGAAAAAUUGGGAAGAAUAUGGAAAUCCAGAUGGGCCACAAGCCACAAGUUUUGGAAUUGCUUUGCCGGCUUGGAUUGUGGAUCAGAAAAACUCCAUUUUGGUUUUGCUUGUGUAUGGGUUGGCUUUUAUGGUUAUCCUUCCAGUUGUAGUGGGCUCUUGGUGGUAUAGAUCAAUACGCUAUAGUGGAGACCAGAUCUUAAUCCGCACAACUCAAAUCUAUACAUAUUUUGUGUAUAAAACCCGGAACAUGGAUAUGAAACGUCUCAUAAUGGUAUUAGCUGGAGCCUCUGAAUUUGAUCCUCAGUAUAAUAAAGAUGCCACAAGCAGACCAGCUGACAACAUUCAAAUACCCCAGCUAAUCAGAGAAAUUGGCAGUAUUAAUUUAAAGAAGAAUGAGCCUCCACUUACCUGCCCAUACAGCUUGAAGGCCAGAGUUCUUUUACUAUCUCAUCUUGCUAGGAUGAAAAUUCCUGAAACACUUGAAGAAGAUCAGCAGUUUAUCCUGAAAAAGUGCCCUGCCUUACUGCAAGAAAUGGUUAAUGUAAUCUGCCAACUAAUAAUAAUGGCUCGGAGCCGAGAAGAAAGGGAGUUUCGUGCUCCAACUUUGGGUUCCCUGGAGAAUUGCAUGAAGCUUUCCCAGAUGUCUGUUCAAGGCCUUCAGCAAUUUAAAUCUCCUCUUCUUCAGCUCCCUCAUAUUGAAGAGGACAAUCUUAGACGAGUUUCUAAUCAUAAAAAGUUCAAAAUCAAAACGAUCCAGGAUUUGGUGAGUUUAAAAGAAUCUGAUCGCCGCAACUUACUGCACUUCUUAGAAGAUGAGAAAUAUGAAGAGGUUAUGGCUGUCCUUGGUAGUUUUCCAUUUGUGACUAUGGACAUAAAAUCACAGGUAUUAGAUGAUGAAGAUAGUAAUAAUAUCACCGUAGGAUCCCUUGUCACAGUAUUGGUCAAAUUGACAAGGCAGACAAUGGCGGAAGUAUUUGAAAAGGAACAGUCUAUCUGUGCUGCAGAAGAGCAGCUGGCAGAAGAUGGGCAAGGUGAUGCCAACAAGAAUAAGACGAAAGGAUGGCAGCAGAAAAGUAAAGGACCUAAGAAAACUGCUAAAUCAAAAAAAAAGAAACCUUUGAAAAAAAAGGCAGCCUCUGUGCCAUUGCCCCAGUCAAAGCAGCAGAAGCAAAAGCAGGCAAAUGGGGUUGUUGGGAGUGAGGCUGCUAUAAAAGAAGAUGAUGACGAUGUAUCUGACAAAGGCAGUGACUCUGAGGAAGAAGAAACAAAUAGGGACUCUCAAAGUGAAAAAGAUGAUGGAAGUGACAGAGACUCUGACAGAGAACAAGAUGAAAAACAGAACAAAGAUGAUGAAGCAGAGUGGCAAGAAUUACAACAAAGUAUACAGCGGAAGGAGAGAGCUCUGCUGGAAACCAAAUCAAAGAUUACACACCCUGUUUACAGUCUUUACUUUCCUGAGGAAAAACAAGAGUGGUGGUGGCUUUAUAUUGCAGAUAGGAAGGAACAAACAUUGAUAUCUAUGCCAUACCAUGUGUGCACAUUAAAAGAUAUGGAAGAGGUAGAACUGAAGUUCCCUGCUCCAGGAAAACCCGGAAAUUAUCAGUAUACAGUGUAUCUAAGAUCAGAUUCCUAUAUGGGUUUGGACCAGAUUAAGCCAUUGAAGUUGGAAGUUCAUGAAGCUAAGCCAGUGCCAGAAAAUCACCCACAGUGGGAUACAACAAUAGAGGGAGAUGAAGACCAGGAAGAUAGUGAGGGCUUUGAAGAUAGUUUUGAAGAAGAAGAAGAGGAAGAAGAUGAUGAUGACUAAACAAUACUCUGAACUGACUACACUAUUUGCACAUAUUUGCAAACUCUUUGCUGUUAUGAUGGAACUGUACAGUAAACCAGAAACACAGUGCAGAAGUGUUGUUGAGGAGAGUUGUUUAGUUUCUUUGCCCAGUAUGAGUGCAUUAUGUAACUUGCCAGUGGAGGUCUAGCAAUAUUUUGCCAUGGGUACAACCUAGAAAAUGCUUGUGGCUUAUUUAAGCCUUUUAACUGUGGGAUGGUGCAUUUAUUUCAACAAUGAUAAUAAAUCUUUUUUAUUAUAACUGUCCAAAAGUGUGGGCUAUGUAUCGUCUUAUCAGUCUGUGGUCCCAAUAAAAGAAGAAGUACCAUGAAAAAAAUCUCAAUGAGUAACUUUCUGCAGUCAACUUUAUUUUUUAGAAAAGUAAACAUCUUUUAGGUACCAUCUGCACAAGUUAUAAUCUUGGUAAACUGUUACUUAUUUUCUCAAUAUUUUUCACUGAUAGGAGAAUGUUAUAACAGCUCCAUUAAUAGCUUUAAAUCUCUUUGUUUUUACUUGUUCUGAUUAUCAGUUCAUGUCCUGUUCUUAGGAAGCACAUUCCACAUGUAGAGGGCCACAUUUUGGGAUUUGCCUUUUCUUAAUUGCCCAAGAUACUCAUACAAAUUAUAAAAAAUUAUUGACUGUGUCAUAAAAUGCUCUUAAUGGCUUAAGACAUUUUUAAGCCUCUAUUUCAGCAGAUCAAUGCAAGAUCUAAUCUUUUUUGAUAAGCUGUUUGUCUAAAAAUGACUAUGGGACCAUAUGUUAUCUGAUGUUGGUGGCUUACCUAUUAUUAUACCUUUUGUCAAAGGUACAGUAUAAAAGCUGAAAGACAUUCUUAGUUUUUAAUCUACCUGACUCUGUCAGAAAUCUUUUAAGGAGAAAACACAACAUGCAAAGGAGACAUCUUUUGUAUUCAUUUUGAAUUCCUAUCAAUAAACCAGACAUUUGACUCAG